AUGUUGCCACCCACCACCUUCCGCAAUCGCACUCCGCGCACUCCCACCCCUGCCUCCCGUGGGGUGGUGCCGCGCACAUCCCUCUCCUCGGCGACGCCUUUCCGCGGCGUUCCAUACCCUCUUCCUGUCCCUUCCUCCUCCCGUUCCGGCUCAGCUGUGCUGGCCGCCCUCCCCCCUUCCACCCCUGCCACCCCUCCCUUGCGUGAAAUUACGCCUGGAAGGCGGGCGCUGGCUCCCAUGCGCCCGCCGAACAAAGUCUCGUCGAUCUCCGCUCGUCAGAAGGAGCUUCGUCCACUGACGCCAUCACUCCCCCCACCUGUCCCCCCUUCCAGAACCCAAGUGCCUCUUUGUGCCUAUGGAAGGUACACUCACGCGCAGAAGCUGCUGAUCGAGCUCGCCAGGUCUAUCCUGGGAGGUUGCUCUCGGUUUAUGGAGCUGCAGGGUACCUAUGACCCUACUAACGAAAUCACUGUUUCCCUGAGGAACCUCACCAGCGGCAACCUCGUCAAGCACGCCCAGUACGUGUACCCGCUGCCUAAGGGAAAAGACAGGCAAUGGGUCAUAGCAAACCUCAAAAGCCUACAUGAGCUGCUCUGCUUGCUGCAGGCGAUACUAAUGAGCCUUGAGGGAAUCGAAAGGGUGGAGGUUGACAGGCCCGCGUCAGAUUCUCAGUCAGGACCGUGGUCAGAUCCUUCAGAUAUGCCGUCCGCGCCUCCAGCAGCCCCGUCGUCAGACCAUCAGAUGUCCUGGUCAGAGUCGUCUCUGGAAGCGCCAGGCUUCGGCCGAGUGUCGUUCCCCGCGAGUGCGGUCCAAUUCCGGUACUACAAUGACCUCCGUUAUUGCCACGCGGGCGUUCUUAAGAACGAGUCAGCGGCGUACGACCUCAUUGACCGGUUGUUGUGCACGAUUGGCGUCAGACGAAAGGAUCUAGGCCUCAGCCGGAUUCCAACAGCACAGGUCUUCUCUAACGCUGUCAGUUUUUACCGCCUCGGUGACACCCAGCCCAUCAAUUUGUCUGAGUCCAACUCGAUAACAGUCCCUGCUGAUGAAAAGCUGGUCAGGAUCGACACUAACGGCAACAAGGGUGUCGGUUUCGUCCUGGUCCUUGAAAAGCUCUGCUCGUGGACUAGCAAGGUUCAGCAAGUGUACGAUCGAUUUCGUCGUCAGCUGGGACCCGGCGUCAUUGUGGAGUCACAGGGCUAUCCGACGCUGAGCACUCUCCAGUUUCUGCGCCAUCUCGUCGAUCUUUUCCCUAAGAUCAAGGUUUUUGGCAUCUGGGAUUGCGACGUGGGUGGUGCCCGUCAGUUUCUGAAUUUCUACUACGGCUAUUCAAAGACGGCGACAUCGCACCUUCAGGACUACCGUGGCCUCGGCCUCGGAAAGAAGCUGCGAUGGCUUGGGGUUACACCCACACAGCUGAAAGCCAUGCCCCGACGGGCGGUGAGCAAGCUCAAGAAGGCAAAGGUGAAGGAGGCAGCUAAUCUGCUGAAUGAGGUGAAGAGCAAGUUUAAGGGCACCAAGGUCUCCAAGGGAGCAAAGGUCGUAAUCCAGGUGUUGACGCACCUGUCGACCUGGAAGACCAAAGCGCACUUGAACGGGCUCACACAACAGCAGUGGGUAGGAAUAUUCGAAUCUCUCGUCUCCCGUCAGCUUCCCGAGCCCUGCCCACCAGACCUGGUGUACCAACAGGCUCGUAUGACCAUGGUGGACAUUGACAUUGUUCCGUCGUCCCCUCCUUUCUUGCUUGUUGAUCUCGAGACGGCUGCGACUUGGUGCAAGUCUGAGAAGAAGUCGGUCGAAAAGGGUAAGAAGUACCCAGAGCCACUUGUCACAAGUCAGAACCACACAACAGGAGGCAACUCGUUGGGCAAGCGCAAAAAACGAUGA